AUGGCGAGCUCGUUGAGCUCCUCUAUGGAAGUCACUGGGUUUAGUGACAGUGACAUGAGCGCAGACGAAAGCACUUCGUCUGUUGCUCAUAGAGAAAAAAAUCUCAUGUCCCUUUUGAAGCAGGAGAACAGAGUAUUGAAAAUGGAACUGGAAACAUGUAAAUUGCGCUGUAAACAACUUCAGGAGGAAAACAGGGCUCUUCGCCAGGCGAGCGUCUCAAUUGUAAGUUCAUCUGUUUGCCAUUCACCCCACACUUCCAUAUUGUGAGGUCGCGAAGUACUUUGUAUUUGCCAUGUUUGCCUUGAACACGCUGCGGUGUUUAUUUUUCAAAUGAAUAGGUCGUUUUUUUAUGCACACAACAGACACGGGUGAGGUCACUAUAAUGUUAUUAUUAAUAGAAUUAAGCUUUUCUUAAGGCUAUUGGUGGUGACGAAAAUAGACCGUGAAAUAACCUAUUUUGGGAGCAGCUACAAAAAUUCUGAUAUUAAUGAGAAGUGCAACGAAUUGAAAUACCAAACCUGGAAUAGUUCCAUAAAUAAUAUGUACAAUAACCCGAAGGUUUCAUAAUCUAGUAUAUUGACGGUAGAUUUAAUUUCUUGCAAUCUAAAGCAGACGUUCCUGGGACCUAAUUUUUUUGUCCUUGAGUUUGUCAACAGUAAAAUGCAUCACCUUGCAAUACAACUCAGUACACAAAGGUACAACACAAUUCCGUUCAAAGUUUUAAAUAUUGAGUUUUAGUUACGGUUUUUUUUAAAUUUUAUUUUAUUUUUUCGGCUAUCUUGGUAUAUAUAAAGAUCUUCCUAAGUAACUGUAGUAGAAAUGAGUGGAAUCCAAAAUGGUUAGUAGUUAUACUUUCUGAUUUGCACAAAAUUGUAUGAUGGCAAAGUGAAGUCUGAUUUGUUACUCAGGGAUAUGAAAUCCAGACAGAAUUGGACAACACAAGGUCCUGUUACCAACUGAUCAAAUCUAUGACAAAAUUUUAGAAACAAACAAGUUUUCAAGUCUUUUUGUUUAUAAUAAUAAGACACCUGCUCUAGUUAAAGGCACAACAACAACGUGCACACAUGAUGUGUCUAAUUACAUUGGCUUGACAAGUAUCCUUUUUGAUUACACUGUCAGUCACAAGUAUGAUGCGUAUACUGUGUUUAUUGGUGCUCAAAUCAAACUGGUGAAAACCAGUCGUGUUCAAGAAUUCUGUUAUAGUCUUAAUCUGGCUCAGAAAGAGACCUUGAAGUUGUCCAUUUGUGAGAGUUAAGCUUAAAAAAAACUCUGAUCUUUGAUGAACAGAAAAUGUCCAAUGACCUGGGUACAAGUAAAUUUUCAAGCCAAAUGGAGGCCAGUGUGUUUAUUAUCCAUCAAAUGUAUUUUUGCAAAAUGCACCACAAAAUGCUUAUUGACAACUCACCUUUGAAUACUUACACGGACUUUUCAGAGGGACUUAAUGAGCAAACAAGUUCAUUUUAUCUUCUGCCACAACUGAAUUAACUUUUAAAACAAGACUUACAUUGCAUUAGAGGCAAGGUUUGGAAACAGACCUGACAUAUUGGGGAAAUCCUGUGUGUCUUAAUUUUAGAGAAUGCCAUGGCCUGGAAACUAAUAAUUCAAAGUGGUGACAUAUCUUGUAUGGUAUGACUAUAACAUUUUUUUACCAUUCAAUUAAGAUAGCUUUCAAAAUUUUAAAUGUUUUGAGUGUACUGCUUAAGCAAAGUAAAUUUGUUGUGGAAAAAGCGAAGUACAUGUCUUACACCUAAUGUUGACUUUUUGAAUACGUUUUCUUAAUGGGACCUCCUGUACUCCCUUAUUUUCAAAUUAGUGGUUAAGUUACUCUCUAACUUGCAGAUAUAUUUAAUUGAAUUUGCACUCACAAUUUCUUGAAAAUGAUCUAAAAAUCAACAAAGGAAUGUGGAAUGUAUGGCCACAACCACCACCCCCUCCCCCCUUCUUCAACUCGCUGCACAUUUGAAUUUGGUUCAUUCAAAUUCUCAUCCUUCCUGGGGCCAAAAUUAUCUUCAAAUGCAAUUGCCUGAUUUGAUGUUCAAAAUUUUUUUGAUAAGACGAAAUCAGCAAUUGUGAGUUUCUUCUCAUUGACCAAGCUUAAAACCAGACCUUUUCUUCUGAGUCACUCUGUAGAGUGAACUAUUUACCUUAAAUCACCUUUAUAUCAAAAGAUAAAACACGUGUAUUCUGCUGGAAAGACUUGACACUUCUGGUUCAAAUUCUCUUCCCCAAGGGCAGAGAUGAAAAUCAAAUGCCUGACAUCCCCCCACCUGGGUGCAGGGGGGGGGGGUUUAAGCUUCAAAUUGAUUGACACAUAUGCUGUAUGCUGGAGACAAAUAUAAGGGAAUCUAAGCUACAUGUUAUAAUCAAAGCCCUUGAAAAUUAAUGGGAGUUAGAUUUACCCUAGCCAUACAAUCCAUUACCUUUACAUGUUCAUUUAUUAUGUGACAUUAAUACCUGGAGUAGUUUAGAAGUAUUACCUUACUUUCUCUCCACUGACACCUGAAUUCGUGAAUUACUGCUUCAAAAUUUAGCCUAUUAGAAGCACUGAUUUCCUACAAUAUCAAGUCAUGGAUAUACCAGGAUAUCCUGGUCAAUUUCAAGGAAAGUAAUGUAACAGUAUAUUAAAUUGGAAAGAGGUUUUUACUAAAAAUGAACAGAAACCUCAUGAGAUUAACUGAAUCAGCUGCUUUACUGUCAUAAAGAGAGCUAAAAAUUCUCAUUACCAUGAUGAUGAACAAUGAAAUUGGUCAUCUCAAUGGCUUAAGCCCGGCUAUACUUCUGUAGUCUGUUGUUUAUAGUAAGCAAUUGCAUACAUUCAAAGACUGUUUAGUAUGAAAAUCCACACAAUUUUCAAAGAGCCAGGGUUGACCAUUCUCAUUUAAGUGAUCCUACUCAUGCUGAUCCUGCGGUCAUGUUUUACAUGAUUAUUUUUACCAGUGGAAUUGUAGGUAGUCUUUUUGGUAACAGAAAGUUUGAUAAACUACCAGAACAUCAACUUUACCUCUGGUUCCAAAAAAUACUCCAAAGGAACAUUUGAAUCACUAAAGGGAAUGUUUUAAGCUUCUAUUUAUGUUUAUUUACGCUAUUAAGAUUUUCAUUUCUCUGAGAUAAGCCUUGUUAAAACAAAUUCUUUACUGUAAACUAUAUUUGUUUUGAAAGGAGAUUUUCAUUCAAUGGAUGACAUAGGCAUACAUAGAGAAAAAGCACCCCUGUGCUCGCAAUGGGAGUCAAACCUAUGACCUUCCAAUGAGUAUUUUGGAUGCUCUACCACUGAGCUAUAGGAAAGUCAUGGCAAGUUAGGCCAUUUAACUAGGUCCAUAGUGACAAACUCCUAGCAUACUGCAAGGAUAGGAAUGUUGAUAUAAGUUGCAUAUGUGCAAUAAUGACAUAAUUUUUUUUGUUCAUUAGCCCAAAAUAGUUGCACUUUUCAUUUGUCAGUUUUGCAUGGUUUAUUGUAUAUUGGGUUUGCUUACUGGUAUUAAGCUUAUUAUAUUAAGAUUGGUUUUGUAUGCAUUAUACAGCAAGCAAAAGCAGAACAAGAGGAAGAAUUUAUCUCAAACACUUUACUAAAAAAGAUUCAGUCACUAAAGAAGGAGAAGGAAACCUUGGCAAUGAAUUACGAGCAAGAGGAGGAAUUUCUCACAAAUGAUUUGUCAAGAAAACUUAUGCAGGUAGGAAGCACUCUUUUUUUUUAGCGUGUAAACAUUCCUUGAUCUAUUUGAUGUCUGGUUAAAGGAUUAAUUGAUGUGUAUGUGUCCUCUAUACUUCACUGUUUGUGGUGUUUGUUUUGUUUGUUAAAGAAGCAUUGAUUCUUCCUUCUUACUCAAAUUCUAUGGGAACUGUAUUUCAAUGUUCUGUUUUCUAAGGUGGUAGAAGAAUGUGUAAAUUUUGUCUCUGUGUGUUGCAGUAAAUGUAUCAUGAAAUUACUGUUAAGUCAACAGAGGUGUAUCAUUUUUAGCAUUGCUUUGCAUAGGUCUGUGAAUAGGUCUGUGCUUGUUGCCUAUAAAGGACACUUGUGUGUCAAGAAAAUAGAGCAUCAUUGAACCCAAGGAAGCCUGUGAGACUCCAAAAUUUCACAAGGAGUAAUAAUUUUGUAUCAUGUAUUUUUGCUGUGGGGUUUCUGACUCCUUUUAGUUAGUAUUACAAGUAUAGCUUGGAAAGAAAACUAGAACUUUUAGAGGCAAAAUUACAUGGAUACUUUAUAAAUUUAAUAAUGGCUAGCAAAUGUGUGGUAACUAAGGGCUAUGAGCUUUUUUGUGUUGGAAAAAGGAUGUAAGAUCAGUAUGCCAUUUAGAAUGUAGCUGAUGUGCAUUCUUUGAAAUUAAGUUGCGUCAAGAAAAGAUUCAGUUGGAACAAACAUUAGAACAAGAACAAGAGUAUCAAGUCAACAAGUUGAUGAGGAAGAUUGACAAGCUUGAGUCAGAUGUUACUUCAAAACAGACCACUUUGGAACAGGUAAUUAAUUUGUUAAAUCAAAGGGACUCAAAAUGGUGUUGCUGAUUUUAAACAACAGCUGUCUCAUGAAUCAAUGUUACCUGGCUUUCUUUAGUGGUCCCUCAAAAAUGGUGGCAAAAGUAUGUCCAGUCAUUGUCACAAUGUUUUGAUCGUUUUUGGUACAAAAAUGAAAAAUAAAACUUUACAGGCUUGUUGAAACACCUUUAAUUUUGGCUCUAUGUGACUGCAUCUUAAAACAAGUUGGGUGGCUCAAUUUUUCAGUAUCAAUUUGCAAUUAACAUAUCAAGACUAAGCUUUUUGCAAAGUUUUUUUCAUGAUUCUUUACAUACAAUUCAGAGCAGCCUGAUUUUUUUGAUAUGCUAAAAUGGCUCUGAACCUGUUAUGGUUUGGAAUAAUGUAGAUAACCAUUGACAAACCAUUGACAACCUAGAAAAUUUUAAUUUUGUACAUCUCCUUAGUUGAGAAAAGAAAAGGUUGAUCUUGAGAACACAUUGGAACAAGAACAAGAAUUACUAGUUAAUAGACUCUGGAAAAGGAUGGACAGAUUGGAGGCAGAAAAAAGGUAAAUAUAGGACUCUGAAAUUAUACCAUUCUCUUUUUUAUUUUGAAACUGUGUUUGUGACAUGAAAUACAGUCAGGUAACUAGCAGAAAUGGAAAUCUAGAGGUCACUACAACAAGCCGGUGACAAGAAUUACCAACAAAUGUGUAUUAGAAUAUGAAUGUAUUGGAAUUCAUACCCUUACAAAUAUUGCAAUGUUAAGGGAUGGUUUAGUUGAUAGUUUUGAGACAACCACCUGUAAGUGGUAUUUUGACUGUUACAAGGUUGUAUGCUGUUAGCCUUACUUUUCUUCUUUAUGCCUGGAGAUCCUAAACUAGUUAUUUGGAGGUAAGUAAAGAAAAAACCUACUGUCUUGUGAAUAGCAAGAAAUGGCUAAUCCAGAAUGAAAAUGUUUUUAAAGUUUUGACGAGCAUUUUGGAAUCAAACUUAGGAACGGAUUAUUUUUUUAGAUAUUGGAAGGUUGGUGGUUUUCAUGAAGACUGGACAGAACCUGCGAGUCAAAUCAAGAAGGAAUUGUGACUCUCUCUUAUAUGCUCAUAGAAAAGCGGAAUACCCUUGGCUCAUUCAUUACAAAAGCAAAAUGUUGCACCAGAAUACAUUUAUUUUUACCCUAUAUAUGUUUGAUGGUGCGCCCACACUUUUAUCUAAAAUUAUGAAUAACGGUCCUGUGGUUUAUGCAUGUACUUACCCCCCCCCCCUCCCUUGCCCAACUGUGAUAGGUUAUCCGUUUGUAUUAAACCUGAGAUCUCCGUAAACACUGUCUUUUUCUGUGUUUAGGAUGCUUCAAGAGAAGCUAGAAGAACCCAUUUCUGAGCCACCCUCCCCCCGACAGUUUGCAGAUGGAGAGGACGCUGUGGAGGACUUAGCUUCUCACAUAACGUCACUGAGGGAGGAAAUAAGGAGAUUAAAACAACAGCUAGCUAAGUCUGAAGCUGAUUGUAAGUACCUUCCUUAUAGAUUUAUCAUUUUUGGGACUGAUCGUGAAUUUUCCGUUAAACAUCGGAACAAGAUUUCGUCAGAAAAUUUAACAGAUACACAAGACGGAAAGUCGUUUUCAUGUUUUUUUAUUGUUUGUCCUUUUUUAAACGGCAUUUUUAUGGUCUAUAUUGUAAAUCCAGUAUGUCGGAAAUGAAUGCUUUAUGUCAAUAAGGCUUUUGAACAUCAACGGGAAUAAUGCGCCGAUGAAGUCGAAGCUUCCACACCCCCCUCCCCGUGCAACCCAUGGGCAUUUGACCGUUGUCCGUGCCAGGGGGUGGGGCAUUUGAACCGGAGGUGUCCAGCUCGCUCAGCGGAAUACAAAUGCUAUAUCUUUUAAUAUGGAAGUGUUUUAAGAUAAAGAGUUCACUGCUGCGAGUGAAUGGCUCAGAUGAAAAAGGUUUACAAGGUCUAGGUUUUAAAGCUUGGUCAAUGUUAGAGUCAAGGUCUUUUUUUUUCCUUUUCCAAAAAAAAAUUUAACCGUCAAAUCUGGUUCUUGGGUGGGGCUUCUGAACGAAACAAUCUUCAUUAGUUCAAAUGCCCCGGGGGGGUUGCCCAGUAGAGGAGGGAGGCAGGAUGUUGAAGCUUCAAAUGGAUCAAUGCCAUAAAUAAAAAAUCGGCAAAAGAGACGCAGUUUGUGGAAUCGUCCCAGGGAGUAAUGAAAAUGAGAAAGAGGACCUUGGUUCCAGUACAACCCUGACCACCAUGUUGAAACUGUUUUUCAAAACAGAUUGGAAGGUGAUCUGUUGAAAAAUGUUGUAGAGAUGGAAUUUAUUAAAAGUAACCCAAAUCUUAGUUAGUAGCCAAGCGUUAGCUUCUAUCCACUGCCCUCCCCUACCAUGCUGAGUUGUGUUGACUCAGCAUAAUACAGUGGUAGCAUUUCUCCUUCUCUGUUCCUCAGAUUGUGAGAAGAUGGCAGCCUAUGCAAAGGAAGAACGCCACAUUAAAGAAGAAAAUAUCAGAUUACAGAGAAAACUGUUGCGAGAGAUGGAAAGACGAGAAGCUCUGAGUAGACAGCUGUCAGAGAGUGAGUCAAGUUUGGAGAUGGAUGAUGAAAGGUUAGUAUCCCGAUGGCGAGGGGGUCUGGGUACAUUCCCUCUUUGCUAAUGUCCAAAAAGAGUCUCACUUCGAGAUUUUUCCCUUGUGACGUAACCCUGAGUCAAAGAGAAAUAAAUAAUCAGCUGAAAGUCUUCUAAUUUUGUUUUUUUAAUUCCCCUAUUUGACAACGUUUUAAUGUUCAGACACUUCAAUGAGAUGACUUCGCAUGGGACUCAGUCGAUGAGAGACCGGACGUCAUCCAGUCCUCUUCCCUUAACUACCAACAGACCCAUAUCUCCAGGUACUGGCUGCUUCCACUUGUGUGGUUAAUAUACUCCUGCGUAAAUUUCUUCAUCACCCUCGGAAUUCAUUUUACAUGCAUAAUAGAUUUUGUCCGAACAGCCCUUUGCAUAUGAAAGCGAUUGCUCAGGUGAGCAACUUAUUUCUUUUUUCAACGAAUUCGAGAGUUGGUGCAGCUAGAAUUGCAAGAACACAACUACCGACUUUUAUACUCCCUGCCAACCAGCUGUUCAAAUUUCUAGCAGAUAGUUGACCAUUGGAAAACAUUUUGUCGGGAUGAUUUGCUGCGCAGGCAGGCUGUAAUGCAGAUACCCUUUUGAACGGAAUCUCAGAGACCACCCAUUUAGUUUUUGAGAUUGUGAUACGCUUUGAUGUAUAGACAAGGGAAUCACAGUUGUAUGUCAAAAUAAGGAGACGAUUAGCAAACAAUUUUGUUUUUGAGACUGAUACUUCUUUAUUGACAUUGCACAGAAAAGUUACGUAUUUAUCACUCUUUUAAAAGAGUCGAAGAUUUUCGGUAAUUUAUAGAUAAUAUGUCGCCUGGCGAUGUUUUCUUUACACGUUAAAUCCUUGUACCUCGAUGAAAUAAAUUGAUUCAAUCGUCGUUUUCUCGUGUUUCUCAACACGUUAAUAAUUUUACAUUGUGCGCAUUUCCUGUGAAGUGAUCCUUAUAUCUUUCAGGUUACGGCUUCACUCCACCUUCACCGCGCAUGCCCAGAUAUCCUUCUAAUGAAAGGCUGAGUGGGUCCCAUUCUUCCGCGAAUUCUUCACCGCCUACUCACACAGUGCAGGUAUAGAUUGAUAGAUUGAAAUUUUUAAAAAGGAUAUGUUUCUCACCUUCUGAAGGGUCAAAUUCAUAGGAUAUACGGAUGAAAUGUUCAGAGUAAUUUUACUCGAUAUGUAUUUAGAUGGGCGAAAUUUACUAUCGUGUAAUACGAGGAACCUUGUAUUCUAUAACAUUUUGUAAGAAAAGAAAAACACAUUCUCGAGUUUGAAAACAAAUGAAGUACCUCCCUCUCACGUAUCGAACAGGCGACUCUCAGCCAUCAAACCAAAUAUGCACCUUUGCAAACUUUAUUCCUGCCGUCACUGUGUACACCGUGGCGCGAAAAAUUACAUAUCAAGUCACCACAACACUUGUUUUGUACACUAGGCGUUGUAAACGAUUAUAAAGCAUUGAACGUGUGCUAAAGGCAACUUCCUCAAUCCAUAUUUUUUCCGUUUUCAGAGAGCGCACCGGACUCAGUCUUCCCCUGGCACGACGGUGCAUGGACCCAGGCCCUCAUCAGGAUCAUGAAUCCAGUGAAAUGACCGGGAACCCAAUCAAAAACAAAUUGAGAGAUAUAUGUAUCAGGCCAAGAUCACGUGAAUUAGUUGUAAACAACGGGAAAAAGUAGUUGUGAUGUGUUCGUGUUUUAUAAAAGGUUCCUUUCAGUGAUGUAAAAAAUUCAAUGAAUUACUCAUAGGAUAACCAAGUAACAAGGAUUAUUGAUGUAAAUUUGUUGAAAGAUGAGGUUCACGGAAAGUUAUGAUUUGUGCGUCGCAGCAAUGAUAGCAAGAAAUGUCAGAUUUUUUACUGUUAGAGUGGUUCUUCUCCUAUCACUGUGUUUAAAAGAUUCUAUAUAAACUGACUUAUCAGGCAUUUGAUGUAGAAGUUCAUUUUAGCAUUUGUGCCUUACUUUAUAUAUUUAUAUAUAUAUAAUGAUAAUGAUGACUCAGUCCUUUAGAACCAGUUUUAAUUGCAUGUCGGAUGCAAUCCGGGAUUGUUUUCACUCACCUGGCUCUGUGUUCGGUUAAGAAAUAUCGCGCCAUAUCAAAAACAGUCGCAACUUAGUCGCUGACAUUUUACGUCACUUCUUUCUCAUUGUUUGCUCCAUGUUACUUUGAACUUAUUCGAAAAGCUUUCUAAGAACUCCUCGAUUAACUGAACUCAUCGGAAAAAAAUUCGAGUGUCUGCGUAGAUUGGUCCACGUUGGUAUGUUUUGCACCUUGGGCUUACUUCAGAGUUACUUUUAUUCCUUUUAAUUUGUGGUAAAAUGUUUGAAGAAUUUGAAAUUGCG